AAGUUGUCACACGUAGCAUACAACAGUCUCCUAACAGCUUCUCCGAAACCCACUCCCAAUCUAAAUUUCAGUAUCUAUUUUAUUCGCGUUCAAUCCGUGCAAGUUUCAACCCCUCCUCCAUGCAACCAUGAAGCGGCUGUCCCGACGUCCAGUCUCCGAUGAGCAGAAGGCCCAGAUGGGCACCCAGACUCAUGAGAAGGGCACGAUUGAGGUAUUCCUGUCGGUGGCCACCGUCUCGUCGCUGCUCCGAUCGCGAGGGCUUCCGCACCCGCAAGUGCAGACAGAACCGCAGUCGCAGGAUCCGAAGGACCAACAGGAUCAGCUGAAAGACAAAAAGCAGGACCUGGAGCUGAAACCGGAACCGCCGUCAGAGGUCCUCGAGAGUGGCGCCCAGGGCGACAACGAACAGUCCGAUACUUAUGCAGGUCCCACUCCCUCGACGUCAGCCAACGCCGUCAAGGGCUUGCCAAUCGAGGGAGAUGCAGCCAAGCUGAAGGCUCUGGCCAGCCGCCGUCAGCAGAUUGCCAACCUGCUCACGCGCCUCGGCGACGGCGCAGAGGACGAAGGCGAGUCCAAUCAGAUCGUGAUGGAGCUGCUCGGCAGCGGUGACAAUCAUUCGCUCCUGCAGCCGCACUCGGCCAUCGAGCGCGUUUCUGAACAGCUGCUGCACGUGCUGCGGGAGCAGACGUUGACUGAGGCCGGCAUAUUUGUCGGCAAUGAGCGGUAUCGCUUAUUUAAGGGCGUGCUGCAGAACUACGCCAAGAUCUACGCGGCGCGCCACUUUAUGGAGAAGCUGCCGCAGCUAGAUCAGCUUGGCCCGGAUGCGGGUGCGGAGCGGGAGCUGUUCGCCCGCGUCGUGGCGGAGGAGGUGCUGCAAAUACCGCAGCUUCUGCGCCAGCUGAGGUCGUCGCUGGCGCAGAUGGAGUGCUUUAACGAGGACACCGCAUUCAAGGCCUACCUGGAGGUCCGUUGUCACCCGCAGGCCCGCAUUCUGUGCGAACUCAUGCUCACCCGCAUCUCGCGCGUCUUCCUCUGCAUUGUCAGCUCACCAUUCUUCCUGGACUUCACCGAGCACGAGCUCACGUACAUCUUGCGAAACUGUUACCUCAGCGUCAACUCGGAGAUCGAGAUAUUCCUUUCCGUGGUGCUCUGGCUGGAGCACAACUGGCUUGAGCGCGGCGAAUGCGCCGAGCGCAUCUUAGCCGAGGUGCAUUUCGCCCUGAUGCCCACUUGGUACCUGUGCACCCUGGACAGGUCCAACCGGUGCCACCACUUUGCCCGAGUAAUCCACACUCCCGGCGUGCAGCGCUUGAUUGCAGCAGGCCUAGAGGACGCCAUCACCCUUAAGUCUAAGCCCUGCUUCAGUGGGGCCGCUGGACACCGACAACGAAAGCCUCAGGAGGAGACGCUUAUGGGCCGCGACUGGAUAGUGGAUACUGAGUGCAGCCACCACCAUAAGAGCCACUGCGAGCAAUUUGUUUACCCCACCUACGACGAGUUCAAGAAAUACCUGGCCAAGAUCAUCUGCUGCGCGCCCAACUGCUGGCGCACGUUCCGGCCCGCCCAAGAGGUGUACCGCAGGGACUUCCGCUGCUGCUCGAUGCCACACUCCAACUAGACUCAGUCCGCGUCCCUGUAUCCCGGUCUGUCUGCUCGUUUGCGUUGUCCCGUCCCUUCCUGCUCCUUCGGGGCAGUCGUGGUUCUGACUGUCCCGUCCAUUGUCCUUUGCCGUGUCCAUUUUUUUAACAAUGCCAUCCAAACCACAUCCAUAAUCCUUAGAAACACCCUGACCAAUUCAUCGACCUGACUUAGAAAAUAAAAGCAUUGUUGCCCAUCCUUUUAAUUCUAUGGGUGUAAAAUUA